AUGAUUAACUCAAAUUCUUCGAUAUCCGCAUUGAAUUAUUACCAAAAUAAUCAAAUUUGUCAAUUGUUCUCUUCACGUAUAACUUCAAUAUAUGUUCAGUUGACUCUUCAUGCUACUCUUCUUUAUCUCAAUCAGUCGAAUCUAACCGUACAGAUAGGCCAGUAUUUUUACAAACAAUUUCACUUCGUCUAUUUGUUUGCAUUGUUUAUUUUGGCAAGGACAACCGUUCGACCGCCAAUAUGUCCAUCUGCUGUUUGGAAACCAAAUGCGACAACAGUUGUUGGUCCACAAUUUAGCUAUGGGACAUAUUCAGAUACACAACACAGGCACUGUCCAACAGCUUGA